AUGGCAGCCGAAGCGUCAACCUCUGCCAAUGGCGGUGCCUCCAAGUCCUUGGCCGCUAUGUUGGAGCAACAGCAUGAGGCACACAAUGCAACAGUUGAGGAUGUGGUGGACGAGGAAGAUAUCAAGCAUCCUCCUCCCUCCUCUCUGCUGACGAGCGAACAAUCAACCCCUGCCGCUGCCCCCGUACAGGCGGCAACCUCCCCGUCAGUCCCCAAGCCUGCCCCGAAGAAGGCCCCGGCAUUCGAUGUGCAGUCAGACGAGCUAUUCCCCGCCCUAGGGAGCGGACCAAAACCGACGACUCCUGCGGCGGCCACGUGGGGUGCAAAGAAGCCUUCGGCCGCAGCGGCCGUGGCCAAUGGCCUACCGGCUCAACCAACGGAUGUUCCUCGGAUCAUGGCCCUUCCCGGAAAGCACAUGGAACAGCUCCGGCUGGCCCCGUCCCAGAUGCUCCCACGCGGACAGCUGAAGAAGCCUCUGCGAGAUAUCCUCCGCGACAUCUCCCGUCGAUCCAAGGCCAAUGUCGACAUGCGCGGUGGCCCCGGCGGCUCUAUCAUCUUUGAAGGAAAGGGUUCGGUGGAAUCCGUCCGGCAGGCCCUCAAGGAGGUGGCCCAGCAGGUUGGAUCCAAGCAAUCUGUCCGCGUCCCCAUCCCUACCUCCGCCCGCGCUCACAUUAUCGGCCGCCAAGGUUCGGUGGUUCAGGACAUUCAGACCCGCACCGGUGCUCGUGUGCAAGUUCCCCGGGCUGAUGGUUCGGCCCCGGGCGCCGAAGACGAAGAUAGUGAUACCAUUGACAUCUUGAUUGAAGGCGAUGCUGUGGCCGCGGAAAUGGCGCGCCGAGAGAUUGAAGCCAUUGUCAAGGAGCGAGGCUCGAACAUGAAUCUGCGCCUGAAGACGAUCCCUCCGGAGUUCUUUCCCUUUAUUGCUGGUGCACACGAUGCCAACCUGCGGGAGAUUGAAGAGCGCACCAAGGCUCAGGUCCAUGUACCCCGUUAUGAUACCUGGUCGACUCAGCCCCCACCUCAGGAGGCUAACCCGGGCCAGGUUCAGUUCGUGCCCGUUCCAGACAAGCACAUUCUCAUCUCUGGAGAGCGGGCGGCCGCACAGGAGGCUCGCGCCGAGGUUGAGCGGAUGGUGGCGGACUUGCAGCGCCAAUUGACCCUCCGCCAGCUCGCAAUCAAUCGUGGCCAACACCAGUUCAUUCUGGGCAACGAGGCCGACGCCCUGCACGAAUUCCUGGCGCAGACUGGAUGUGCCAUUGUGCUGCCCCCUCAGUCCGAUGAGAGCGAGUUCCUCACCAUCACCGGGCCGGUUAACCAGAUCGAGGCCGGCAUCAACCACGCGAUGGAUCUCGCUACCAGCAUGCAGAUGUCCAGCGUUGACCUUUCUCGUCAACACCCCAACGCUCCCGCGGGUCCACAUGCGCAUGCACGCGCCCUCACUCAAUACCUCCGCCGGCGCCAAAUCAUCAAGGAGCUCGAAUCGACGUACGAUGCGCGGAUCGCGCUGCCGCCAAGCGUUGAAGGACCUGUUACUUGGGAGGUGUACUCGCGGGAUGGUAAGAACACCAUCCGUGCUCGCUCCGACAUUAUGAACCUUGUUCAGGCCCACCCUCCUGCUAGACUUCGCCACGUGCCUGUUGACCCCUACUACCACCCCUACCUUCGCUCCAGUAGCGCAAGCAAGCUUCAGUCUGAAUACGGGGUUCAUCUUCUGGUCCCGGACAAUGUCGACAGCCCUGAAGUCGUGCUUGUGUACGAGGGUCCUUCUGCGACUACUUCGCAGUACGAGGUUCCCCGCCAACGUCCCUCUCCAGCAGAUAUUGCAACUUUCGAGGAAACUCUGCAAGCAGCGCAGCAAUAUCUGCUUGGUGCACUGGGUGACCAGGGUGAUAUCACCGUAAAGUCAGUCUCGGUUCCUGCCAAGUACCAGGAGAAGGUGCGGAAGUUCAUCAUCCGAGAGCAGAAUGCCAAGGGCGAGAACAGCAUCCCUGUACGUGCCAUCGUUGGCGAUGCGCGCGGUGGCCAGUGCGAUGUGGCGCUGCGUGGUCCGUCGGCCCUGGUGGAUGACCUCGCUACGGCGGUGGGUUCAUUUGUUGCUGAGCAGGAAAAGGACGACCUGGAGCGUGGUUACACGACCUCCUUUGACUUCCCUCAGAAAUACGCCAAUUUCCUGAUCGGCAAGCGUGGCGAGAACAUCAACAAGCUCCGCGAGGAGUUUGACGUCGACAUCAAAGUGGAGAAUGGCAAGGUCGAGGUCAAGGGACCCAAGGCCAAGGCGGACGCUACUCGCAUGCGCAUCAUAAAUCUGGGGAAAAAGCUGGAGGAUGAGACUACCCACAUCCUGAAGAUUCCGGCGCAGUACCACCGUGAGCUGAUCGGCCAGCGAGGUAGCCAGGUCAACCGUCUCCAGGAUCGCUACUCAGUUCGCGUCCAGUUCCCUCGCGCGACUGUCCCCGACGACUCCGCGACGGACGCGGGCAGUGACGCUGGUAGCGCUCGGCCUGGCCGGACCCAGCAAGCCCCCGACGAGGUGUUGGUUAAGGGUCCGAGCAAGGGCGCUGACUCCGCUCGCGAUGAGAUCCUCAGCCUGCUGCAAUGGGUUGCAGACCACUCGCACACUGCCACUAUCUCCGUGGCCCAGAACCAGGUUGCAUCUCUGAUCGGUCAGCGCGGCCGCGAGAUGGAUAAGCUUCGUGCAGAUACCGGGGCCCAGAUCGACGUGCCGAGUGCCAGUGACACGCCGGACGCCUCGGGACGGGUGCAGAUUCGUGUGAAGGGCACGAAGCAGCAAGUCAGCGAGGCAAAGAAGGUCUUAGAGCAGCGGUCCAGCGAGUUUGAUGCGACGGUCACCAAGUCGAUCGACGUGGACAAGAAGUACCACAAGGCUCUGAUCGGGGGAGGUGGUGCCAACAUCCGCAAGAUUGUGGUCGAAGCCGGUGGCCCCAACGACGGCAGCGCUGCUCGUAUUGUUCGAUUCCCGCGCGCCGAGAGCAGCGAGUCUACUAUCCGCUUGGAGGGCAACGGCAAGGUGGUCGCGAACAUCAUCCAGGCAAUCGAGGAGUUUGUCAAGGAACGUGCGGACCAGGUCACUGAAACCCUCGACGUCCCCACGGCCCAGCACCGUAUGCUCAUUGGUCGCGGCGGCGAGACUCGGCGCGACAUCGAGUCCCAGUUCGGUGUCACCUUGGACAUUCCCAAACAGGGCUCGGGCCGCACCGACGUCAAACUCAAGGGUGCCAGCAGCGCCGUCGCGGGCGCCAAGGAACACGUCCAGGGCAUGUUGAAGCAGCAACAUGUGGAGUCGGUCGAUGUGCCGCGCCACUUGCACCACGUCGUCGCCGACAACGGCGCUUUCUUCCGCCAGCUCCGCAGUAGCCACCAGGUCACGGUCGAUCAUGCGGGCCAGUCUGUGCCGCCUAACCGCGCCGCGGAUGAGACCCGUAGCGCUGCCAACGGCGCCUCCAUGCCCCUGAUCACCGACGACCCCAGCGAAGCGACGGACGCCCACUCAUGGAAGAUCAUCGACAACGCCUCGUCCACCGACGCUGCCGACGCGGCCCCCUUCCCCUGGGUCCUGACGGGCACUCCAGAGAACGUGGCCAAGGCCAAGACCGCUCUCGAGAAGGCCAUCGCCUCGGCCUCGCAGCAGUCCGCGACGGGCUACCUAAUCCUGCCGGACCCGAAGACCUACCGCUUCGUCGUCGGCCAGGGUGGCAGCCAGAUCAGCACUAUUCGCAAGAAGACCGGUUGCCGCAUCAACGUGCCCAAGGACCAGGCUCGUGGCGAAGCUAUUGAGAUCCGCGGCAGUCCCGAUGGCCUGAAUCAAGCCAAAGACAUGAUCCUGGAAGCGGUCCAGAAUGGUCUCAGCGGCGCUUCUUCGCGGUGA